AUGCUACGAUUACAGACGCUACGAUUACAGACGCUACGAUUACAGAUGCUACGAUUACAGACGCUACGAUUACAGACGCUACGAUGCUACGAUUACAGAUGCUACGAUUACAGACGCUACGAUUACAGACGCUACGCUUACAGACGCUACGCUUACAGACGCUACGAUUACAGACGCUACGAUUACAGACGCUACGAUUACAGAUGCUACGAUUACAGACGCUACGAUUACAGACGCUACGAUUACAGAUGCUACGAUUACAGACGCUACGAUUACAGACGCUACGAUUACAGACGCUACGAUUACAGACGCUACGAUUACAGACGCUACGAUUACAGACGCUACGAUUACAGACGCUACGAUUACAGAUGCUACGAUUACAGACGCUACGAUUACAGACGCUACGAUUACAGACGCUACGAUUACAGAUGCUACGAUUACAGACGCUACGAUUACAGACGCUACGAUUACAGACGCUACGAUUACAGAUGCUACGAUUAUUACAGACGCUACAAUUAG